UUCUUUUGGUUUAGGGUCAUAAUGGAGCCAGGGUUGAGGAGUGAGGUCAUUCUCUCUAUUUACAUCAUGUCCUUCCUCAUAGGCCUGCCAGCCAACCUCGUGGCUCUCUAUGCCUUCAGUCUGAAGAUCCAGUCCAAGCCACUUCCAACAGACAUCCUGCUUCUCAAUCUGACUGUCUCUGACCUGCUCUUUUUGAUCAUCCUUCCUCUCAAGAUGCACGAGGCAGCGUCAGGCAUGGAAUGGCUUUUACCCAGCUUCCUAUGCUCCAUCACCUCCUUCACCUUUUUCUCCACAAUUUACACCAGCUCCUUACUGCUGAUGGCAGUCAGUGUGGUUCGCUACAUUGGGGUAGCGUUCCCUAUCACCUACCAUCAGCUGCUCAAACCUGUGUACGCAAUAGUUACCAGUGCUGUAAUUUGGCUAAUUUCAGCAGCACAUUGCAGCAUUACUUUCAUUGCCCAGCACCACCCAUCUCUGUACAACAACUCCACUGUCUGCUACGAGAACUUUACUGAGAAGCAGCUUCAGAUUCUCCUCCCAGUACGUUUGGAGUUUUUCUUUGUGCUCUGCCUCAUACCUCUUCUCAUUUGUGUUUACUGCUACCUGCGCUGCAUCCUGAUUCUCUACAGCCGCCCCAGGAUAUCCCGGAUGCAGAAGCAGAAGGCCAUCGGCAUGGCCUCGGGGACUCUAGCUGUGUUUCUUGUCUGUGUGCUGCCAUAUAACUUUUCUCAUGUACUGGGUUACUUCCAGGGUGGGAGUCCAAAAUGGAGGUAUUACACCUUGCUACUUAGCACAUUUAACACCUGUAUUGAUCCCAUCAUCUUUUUCUUUUCCUCCUCCCAUUUCCGCUGCAACAGUAAAAAGUCAGUUUUCAGGAGGAAUGUACCGACUGUUUCAGGAUUACAAAUGCAAGUCCCAAGCUCUAGCUAAGUGUAAAAUGCAUUUUCAAUACAAUAGGUAAAUAUCAUGCUUUAUUGUUAUUAUUGUAACAUACAUUAUGGACAUUAUAUGAGAAUGUGUAAUUCUGAUUACUUUAACAGUUCAGUUCAUUUAUAAAACUGCCUCACAUCUAGAUUUUGCUGGUUAUUGGCAAACAAAAUAUGUUGUUAAGGGUGACUCAAUCCUGCUCAAAGGGACAAACAGUUAGACAUUAUUUUAUAUACAAAUUUUAAUACAAAACCACAACACAUGAUUGGUGCAU